ACAUAGUCACGAGGUCUGACCGGAUCCGGAAGUCUCUUUGGGUUCAAGUCCUCUCUUCGCCUCGUCGACUGAUUUUAAAAUACUCUCCCUGAAGUACAGUGAGGGAAGAAAAACAUUUGUGUCGUAUUUUCUGUCGAAGGAACAACAAGUUUAACUGACGGACUAGACUAUCAUGGCGGAGGAUAGGACUAUUUAGCAGAAGAAAAGUCACAACUCUGGACAGGAUCCCAAUCAGACUGCAGGCACCAUGAGGUGACGACUGUGACAUCUUGUAUUUUUGCUGACGCGGACAUAUGGCAAGGAUCACUUUUUCCUGCCUGCCGGCCUCCUGGUACUGCAGCGUGUCCCAGCUGUCUCUGGGUUGUGCUCCCAGGCAGAGACUGCUGCUGCUGUUCUUCAUCACUUCUGCCCUCCUCCUCCUCCUGGGAACCUACCAGAGGCAGCUGUGGGGCCCACAGCGACGGCCCGGGGCCCGAGUCAACCAGUACCUCUCCAUCGCAGAGUCCAUGGAGGCCACUGACGUCCUCAACCCUGCUCUGAAUUAUGGGGUCGUGGUGGACUGUGGCAGCAGUGGUUCUCGAGUCUUUGUGUACUACUGGCCCCCCCACAAUGGGAACCCUCACACCCUGCUGGACAUCAGACAGAUGAGGGACCGUGACCGCAAACCCGUCGUCAAGAAGAUCAAACCUGGUAUCUCCACCCUGGCGAAGACACCGGGGCAGGCCAGUGAAUACCUCCAUCCUCUCCUCAGCUUUGCUGCUGCUCAUGUCCCAAAGAGCAAACACAAAGAGACACCGCUCUACAUCCUCUGCACUGCUGGCAUGAGGCUGCUGCCAGAGAGCCAGCAGGCGGACAUUUUGGAGGACCUGGUCACUGAUGUUCCCCUGGCGUUUGACUUUCUGUUUUCCCGUUCCCAUGCUGAGGUCAUCUCUGGGAAACAGGAAGGAGUGUAUGCGUGGAUUGGCAUUAAUUUUGUGUUGGGCCGCUUUGAUCAUGCUGAUGAGGAGGAAGCCACAGUUGAGGUGACAACGGGGUCUCAGAACCAGCAGCCAAUCAGCAGGCGGCGCACAGUGGGCAUCAUUGAUAUGGGUGGAGCUUCACUGCAGAUUGCCUAUGAGGUGCCCAGUGCCAUCACCUUCAGUUCACCAGAAGAAGAGGAGGCAGGGAAGAGUGUUCUCGCAGAGUUCAAUCUGGGCUGCGAUGUUGAGCGCACACAACAUGUUUACAGAGUCUACGUCACCACAUUCCUCGGCUUUGGCGGAAACAUGGCCAGGCAGCGCUACGUGGACCAGCUGGUCAACAACACACUGGCCAAGAACAGGUUUCUAACCACACAGACAGGCCUGAGUGAGGACAAACCGUACCUGGACCCCUGUCUGCCGGCCGGUCUGUCAGACAGAGUUGUGAGGGACAACAACACGUUGUACCUGAGGGGUCUGGGUGACUGGACUCGGUGUCAAGAGGCCGUACGACCCUUCUUGGGCCUCCACAACGGCACCAUGUCACCAGGGGGCGUCUACCAGGCUCCCAUCAACUUCAGCAACAGUGAGUUCUAUGGCUUCUCAGAGUUUUUUUACUGUACAGAGGACGUGUUGAGGUUAGGAGGACAGUAUGACAGUGAGAAGUACUCCCGAGCUGCUAUGGACUACUGCUCCACUAAGUGGUCAACACUGAAACAGCGUCUGGACAACAAGCUUUUCUCUCAGCAGGCCGACAUCACCAGACUCAGGUAUCAGUGCUUCAAGUCGGCCUGGAUGUACGAGGUGUUGCACUCCGGCUUCCGUUUCCCCACCGACUACCCGAGUCUGAAAACAGCCCAGCUGGUUUAUGACAAAGAGGUCCAAUGGACUCUGGGAGCCAUCCUGUUUAAAACCCGCUUCCUGCCUCUCAGGGACCUGCAGCAGGAAACGUUGCGUCAGAGCCACCCCAGCUGGCUGCGCUCCUCCUUCGUCUACAACCACCACCUGUUCUCGCUGUGCAUCCUGGUGGUGGUGCUGGCCAUCCUGCUCUACAUCCUGCGACUGCGGAGGAUCCACCAGCGGGAGCAGCGGCAGGCCGAGGCCCUGAACCUCCUCUGGGCUGAAGAGGGAGAGGCCCUCCUCCCCUGAGAAAUACAUCUGAGGUUCCAGACUGAUAACCUGAAGGGUCUUGUGUCCUCCAUGACAUAUUUGACUUAUUGGAACCAAACCACAAUACCAAAACUAAAGAAUAUGAGUAUGGAGGACAGAUAAGGAACCUGGAAAUAACUCACCAGCCCAGCGUGUGACUUGGCCAAGGAGCAUAUAUGGGAUCCAAGAUUUUACUGCGUGGAAAAACAUCACAGUACAGAGAUCGUCCAAUGAGCCUGGAAAUCAAACUCCUCUGUAUAUUCUUGAUCGUGCAGCUUUAAACACAGAGCCCAUCUCACAGUGGAAAGAUGUUCUCUGUGUUCACUUUCUUUUUUUUUUUUUAAAGACUAUUUUGGAAGAAAAGAAUCAGCUUGGCAUAACAGGACUGAACAACUAUCAUUAGAUUGCUAUCCAUUUCUCCUAAGAUCCAAAGCCAUGUUUCUGUGUAGGUGCUCAGCUCAGUUUAAUGGCAGUCUGGAUUCAGUGGAUUGAUACAUGUCUUAACUGCUGAGCGAGAAGGCAGAGGUGGUAAUAACCCCCAGCAGAGAGGAUUUAACAGGAAUAUGGAUUUGUUGACCAUUUAACAUCCAUUUAGGAGAAGCUAGCAGCAUGUGCUAGCAGCAUGGCUCUAUUGAAGUCCAAAUCAGUCAGUCUGUCCACAGUGAAAAUCUAUCUCGACAUAUCCAGCGGCCUUGGAGUUUGGCGUCGACAUUCAUCUUCACUAGAGAAUUAAUCCUAAUGACUUUGGUGACGCACCACCAAAGUUACACCUGUCCAACACUCCAAGUCAUGACAGGAUACCUCCAAAACAAAUCUAGUUACCUCAGCUGUACUAUAAGUUCAACAUAACAGGCUGCGUUUAUGUCACAAAAGGAUGGAUCAUAGAGAUGGGAAAAAUUCCCAUGUUUUUGACUUUGAACGUUCACAUCAUUGGACAACUCAAGACAUUUGUAUGAUUGCAGAAUUGGUCAUUUGAGGGUUAAAAGUCAGUGCACUGACAAUAUAACACUAAUUUAAUUAACAAUAUAACCUUAAAUGUGGGUUUAAUUAACUUGAAUGACGACUUCGGCUGACAUGAGGCGUCAUUUAUUAACUUUUUCAGGCACUUCUGUAUUAUAAAGUGCUGAGUCAGACAUAUCACAGCUUUCAGAAAAAUCAAGUUUCCCAGUUGUAAAUUUGACAGAUCGGAUGUUUGAAACGGGCAUUAAUUACAGUAACUCUGAUAUGACGUGAACGUAGCGUAGCAUGCUAAUUAUUAGCUUGUUACCAGGCCAGCUGCACCCAUGUUAAAAUGCUAAACAUUUUAACAUGCUAAUGUUAGCUGACAUGUUAAUGUUGUUACAGUUAGCUGGACUGUAACAGAACUUUUAGUUCAUGUUAAAAUGUAAUUUAGCUGAAAGUACAGCUGAGUUCAACAAAGCCUAACUGAGACUGAAGAAAGCUGAGCCAAGUCUGACAAUGUAGAGCUGAGCCUGACGAGCUGAGUCUGAAAUGUCCCAAAAUGGCCACUGCACAGGUGUUCAGGUAACAACUUAACCUUUCCCUGAGGCCAAACUUCACAUUUUUGCCACUAGCGGUAAGGAUCUAAAAAUAGCAUCAUGUUUUUCUUCCAUUUAACAACUUUGGCUUAAGGCUAGUUUCCGAGUUAUGUAAGCGUGUCCUUCACUUCAACAUGUACAUGUGACCUUGUGAGUAUUGUCGUCUGUUGACAGGUAACAGACUUGAACAAGACAUUCCCACCUGCAAACAGAGAAAGUGAAGGUGAAGAAGCUGUCGCUCAGCUGGGAACUGAUUUUUGUUUCACCUUAAAUCUUAGUGAUGAGUCACCUCCUCAAAAAUCCUUUUACCACCAUCUAGCGAUUAAAAUGUUCACACCGCAAAUGUGAUUUAGCAUGUCACUUCAGUGCGCGGUGAUAUCAUGGCAGGUUAUCAUCAUGAGUGCAGCAGUACUUUUCUGCCAUCAAAGAUAGUGUUUCAUCUACACCUUUGUCCGUCCCGAUGGGAAGAUUUCCUUGAAAGCAAUCCUGCAGACUGAUGAUGUGAGCUGCAGAGCUCGGACCUCAGAUUGUACUUUGAUACUUGAAUGCCACUGUUGUCCUGCCAAGACCCCCGUCCAGCACAGUUUUUUUUUUAUUUUGUUUUUUUAAUCAGAGCAAAGACAGAGCCAAGAAGCGUUUUAGCUGAAAUAAGCAGAGAGCUCUGCUCAGUGUUUGGAUAAAGGUGCUGAAAGCAGACGAAGCCCUUCGGAGACCUGAUUUAUGCAGAUGCCGUCUGAUUUCUGAAUCCAGUAACUCCAUGAAAGGGAAGAAACUUGUCUCAUGCCACUGGUCAAAAUGGAUGCUGGGACAUGGCAAAAAGUACAGAAAAGAUCUCAGUGUGUGUUAAACAUCUAAUUUGGUUUUCAAAAUGAACAACUUUAAAGCCAUUUAUGAGGGAAAAAAAGCCUUACCCUGAGAAAAGUGGGUUUUAUUCAGUUUUUGUGUUUACUGCAUUUCAUAGCUGUAAAUGAAGCCACUGUUUUGUUGGUAUUAUGUUAUGUGCUGACACACUGACAGAGCCGUGCAACAAACCAUGACGAUGCAAAUAUGUGUCUGAGUAGCACCUGGUGAAGCUUCCUGCGAAGUUAAAUAAUGCGUUGAUCCCACAGGGGACCUGAUUCAUCAAACUAAAUGAUGAUGACUCCAUUGUUUUUAAAAGAAAAAGCUGUUUUGUAACCUGUGCUGUGGAGCUUACAUGAAUGUUUAGUUGAUAAAAGAGAGGUGCAAACAGUUUGGGAGCUUUCUACAGCUUAAAAAUGCGAUUGCACUUUUGCUAAAUAUGUUCCGUACACGCUCGUUCUCCUUUCUUUUCUAUUCGUCCUGGCACGUCCUUGUCAAACUGUCAGUGUGUGUUUGUAACCUUUGUCCCCUCAUCUGUACGUCAAAAAUACUUUUCCACUUGUGAGUCCUGAACCAGUCACAGGAGUUUCCUGAAAUUUGAACGCUGACCGAGUAAUUUGUUUAAUUUCCGAUGCCGUCCUAUACUUUACACUGUAAGGUAACUGUGGGCCUCUUUCUGAUUCACCCUGAUGUGGUUUCCAGGAUUUCUGCUGCUCCGCUGGUGUUUUGACUCCUGACAAGGGACCAGUGAUUGAGUGUGUCUUUCCAGAUCUGGGCAUUGUGCAAUGUUGAACAGUAAUUCACUGAAGGGGACACUUGACUUUGAUGUUUUUAAUUAAGGGACCUUUAACAGCAAUGUGAAUAGAAACAAUUCCAAUCCAAUAAAGGAUCCUUUUGGCUGUA